GACUUAACUGCAGAGCCAUCUUCAGUCCAUGUUGUUCCGUAUGUUGGUUGUGCUUCUUUCCAUUUUCUAGCCUCAAUCAUGGCGGUAGGUAAAAAUAAGGGGCUUUCAAAAGGAGGCAAGAAAGGAGUUAAAAAGAAGAUUGUUGACCCGUUCACACGGAAAGAUUGGUACGAUGUUAAGGCCCCAUCAGUUUUCACUGUCCGUCAGGUUGGAAAAACUCUGGUCAACAGAACCCAAGGAACAAAAAUUGCUUCUGAGGGUCUGAAGCAUCGUGUGUUUGAAGUGUCUCUUGCUGACCUUCAGAGUGACCAUGAUGCGGAAAGGUCAUUCCGUAAAUUCAGACUUAUUGCUGAAGAUGUCCAAGGACGCAACGUUCUUACAAAUUUCCAUGGUAUGGACUUGACUACUGACAAACUAAGGUCUAUGGUCAAGAAAUGGCAAACCCUGAUUGAAGCUGUAGUUGAUGUCAAAACUACUGAUGGCUAUAGCUUGAGGGUAUUCUGCAUUGGUUUUACCAACAAAGACCAACAGAGCUCAAGAAAAACUUGUUAUGCACAACAUUCUCAGGUACGAGCCAUUCGCAGGAAGAUGGUGGAAAUCAUCACCGAUGAAGUUAUGAAGAGUGAUUUGAAGGGUGUUGUUAGCAAAUUGUUGCCUGAUGCGAUCGCCAAGGACAUUGAAAAGGCCUGUCAGGGUAUCUACCCACUGCACGAUGUUUUUAUUCGUAAAGUCAAAGUAUUGAAGAAGCCGCGUUUCGAAUUGAGCAAGCUUCUUGAGCUUCACGGAGAUGGUGGAAGUAGCAAAAGCGGAGAAGUUGGAGAGACUGGAUCAAAGGUGGACAGGCCUGAAGGCUAUGAACCACCUGUUCAAGAAUCCGUUUAGACGGGUAAUGUUCAUAACAUCUUUUAAAAAAUAAAAGUCACUUUAUAGUGCAAAA